CAAUUAGAAUGACCACAUAAUAAUGUUUGUAAUCGAUAUCUCACUCCCACCACUACGGUUUACACUGUUCUUUUCGGAACUACUCUUUGAGAAAGGUCUCUGACCGUCAGUUUAUUUACCAACGACAGCGUCUUCUGUUUAACUUUGUUGGAUACAUGGCUGAGUAUUUAGCUUCAAUUUUCGGAACAGAAAAGGAUAAGUGAGUAAUAUGUCCACUAUUUAAGACUUGAGUAAUGACAAUGAUUAAAAUUCAUAUAGGCUAUAUAUAACUAUAGGCCUAUUUAACUAUUUUUAAUUAUUAGCCGACUUAGCCCUAUCAUAAUGUUAGAAUGACGUCACUGAUUCACUUAGUGAAUUUGUUGACUCGACACCUAUGUCUGAUGUACCAGUACACUGAUGAGGAAAUAAAAAGUUGCUAGUAAACUUUAACUGUUGUACUAGUUUAACAUAGUCAUAGGCUCAUAUGGAAAACUGUAGCCUGGGCUCUCACUGUGUGACACAGUGUGUCCUCUGUGUAUAGUAUAUAUAUUAUAUAGUAUAGGCUUAUACUUAUAUAAGGCCCAAAAUCAGAGUCACAGGUGUGUCUGAAUACAACUAAAGACUAAAGUAUAGCUUCCAAGCCAAUGGAGAUGCAUUGGAUCUUAUUGGUUGUCCUAAGAAUAAAUUCCCCACCCCCCCCCCCCCCCCCCCUCCCCCCCCCCUUUUCUGCUUUGGGGUUUUGCUUUUUUACUAAGGCUAAAAUUAGGUACUUUGACACAAAAUUUAAAUAUUGUCUGAUUGCCAUGACUAAAAUUAAGUUUUAGAAAAUACCAAAGCCACAGCCUAAGUUUUAUUAGCUAAUAAUUUCGUAAUUGUUUCUGUUAUUUUAUGUUAAAAAAACAACAAAUAAAUAUAACAAUGUAGGCCUACUUCAAAAAUCACUUUCCAUUUAAGUUUAAGCCAUUUAUUUUGGUUUUGGCAAAGGAAGGAGGGGAUAAUAGGAUGUCAGGAAUGAGAAAGGGCUGUUAAAGACUUUGGACCAAAAUAAUUGUAAAAUUAAGGCUUAAAUUGUAAAAUUAAGGCUUACUGCUGUUUUUUUUAACAUGUCAGAGUAAACUGUUCCUUCUACUUCAAAAUUGGUGCUUGUCGACAUGGAGACAGAUGUUCUAGAUUGCACAAUAGACCCACCUUCAGUCAGGUAUCUAACACCAUCAUUUUAAAAUAAAUAUUUUCACAUAGCCAGUACAGGCAUAGAUUACAAUUAAUAAUAAUUAAUAUGUAUUUAAUAAGUCAAGGCCUAUAUACAUGACAUACUUUUUUCUUUUCUGAGAAUUUAAGUUCAAUAAGUUAUUUUAUAAAUUCAUAACUCUUAAACAAUAUAAUUUUUCAUCACUUUGACUAAGUUUUUGUUUUAAUUUAUUGGUACGGUUUCAAGCAUUCAAUGCCAUAUUCAAUUGAAAUGUACCUGGUUUGUUUACAAGAAUUUCACUGCACAUUUACAAACAGCUUUUGAAAAACAAAAACUACCUAGAUUUUUUUUUAUAUAGGACUGCUUAUAGAAUCCUUCCUUAGCAUGCAUUAAAUCUUUUACUAAAGCCCAUGUCCAUGUUGAAUAAAUUACCAAAAUCAUUUUUUAUUUUACCGGAAUUAUUGCUUUGUGUCAUUGUUUUAAAAUGAUUGGCACACAAAAAUAUAAAAAAUUGUUCCCUCUUUUCAUUCCAGACAAUCCUGCUGCAGAAUUUAUAUUUAAACCCACAAAAUGCUGCAUUAACAGCAGAUGGAUCACACAGUAAGUUGAGAUUAAUCCACCACGCAAUGGGUGUUUGUUUAGGUUUUUUUCAUAAUGGAAACCCAUUACAUUGUUAAAUUGUUCUUUUUAAAAUAUUUAAUUUUAUUGAAAAAGUUGAUUACUUGUAACUUAAAUGAUUGAUCUGCAGAUAAUUUUUGAACAGCGAUUUUAUAAUUUGUCAUAAUAAGUUUUUGGGGACGAUUGAUUUCAAUUGAUUACUUAUGAGAUGUAAAAUCCCCCCACCCCCAACCUGUCUCUUGUUUUUUUACUUUCUGAGACAUCAUCAGUGGUGACUCAUGACAUGGUGGACAAAUUUCAUUACACUAUUUUUCCUAAGCUGUCAAGACUUUAGUAGUAUGAUUAAUGAAGUAACAAAUUCCUAUGUUGUUUUUGUUUGGUUAUUUCCUAGCCUUUAAAACUUUGUUCGCCCGAUAUGUCAGGUGGCUCUCUUUUUAACAGCGGUUGAUUGCUCACAUUCUUUGAACUUUAAAUCACAAUUAACUGUGCUUGCUCUCAAGGGAUUAAAAGGGGGAGAGAGUAUAGGUCCAAUGUGUGUAUUAUGGUCUAGUCUUAAUGUUUCAAUUAAGAUAUUAAAAACAUGUUUACCAACAACAUAGGCAGUAAAUGAAAUGUAGUGAAUUGUGACAGUUUAGGUCAGGGGUCAACAACCUUUGAGUCAUUUAACAGCCAUUUUUUAAAAAUAUACUUUCUACAAACAUAUUUUGGGAGCGAUCUAAUUAUUUUUAAAAAAAUCUCUAUUUCCUUAUGAGCCAUCGUCCAUGCUUUAGUUAAGUUACUAAUACUAUUUUAGUCUUAGAUUUAUAAUUUUUUUUUUUUUUUGACAAUGAAAAGAAGAAUAUAAUUUUUUCUCAAAAGGUAAAUUUUUUCAAAUUUUAUUUAGCUUUGAUAUAAAUAAUUUUAGAAAGUGAUAGUAUGACACAUAUAUGACGGCUAGUUUCAAUGGGUACUGCUUGGCAUCAUAACUAAUGCAUGGGCACUUGAUUGACAUCAGCCAUUUGUGUAAGUGAUGCACUUUGUAAAUAAAUGGUAUCGUUCGAGCCAGAUCACUAGGCCAUUAAAUGUUAGUGUGCAGAUGAUGGUCUGCUUCUCAUAGUAGCCAUAGGAGGCGUGUUCCUCUUCAAAGAGCAAGGUUUAAAUUUUUGAGUGACAGUGGCGCUUGCUUCUAUUUCUUGAUCCGCAUAUUGUCACAAUGAUUAACCCUUUCUCCCAGUAACCCAAUAAUAAUAACUUAGGAAGUAUCAUAAAUUACCUAAAAUUUAUAAUUAGGAAAGUCAGUUCAAUUUCAAAGCUAAAAAGCUAUUUAUGCCUUAACCUUAAUUCACUAAUCAGUGCAAACCUUCUUUUAAAUUUUAUUAAUCUCUCUUAAAGACUCAAUCCAUCAGUUAUUGUAUAACUGUUCAAUAAUUCUUUAAAACUCAUUAAUCAUUGAAGUAUCAAAUGCCUUUACUAUUUCACAGAAAAAGAGCUUUUAGUCGUUAAAAGCUCAGGGUAAAUUAACUAAAUUCAUUUACUACUACCAGUACUACUUUUUGAAAAAGGUCAGCCUCUGAACUUCAUGGCCAACCGUGCUCAUUAAGCUUCCCACGUUACAAGGUUGUGAAGCAGUGUGCCUCGUAAUAUGUCCCAACAACUAAUACAUCAAAAUGGCAUUUUGAUGUGAUUGGUAUGUUAACAACCUCAACUCAACCCUUUCCGCACAAGGCAAUCAACACUGCUCUAUAACUUGGGUUUGAUGUGGAUAAAGUAAAGAUUAUAAGUACUACAUAAUCACUUGUGGUUUUCUCGGACUUGCAAGUCAUUUGACGAUUACAUUGUUUGUUUAUUAUCAAAAUUAUUUUUUCUAUUUCAUUUUUAAUAUUAUCUUUUGCAAAUACUGCUCCACCAGCUAUGAAUUUAAUUUCACUCUUAUAUUUUCAGCGAGAUGUUGGGCCACAUAUAUUUGAUCCAUUUAUAAUUAUUUCAAUUAGUCCUAUAUUGUAUAACACUAAAAUUUCUCUCUUCAUAUUUAAGCCACAGUUGAUUGAGUCUAGGCCAUGGUCCGAUCUGCUUGAGAUAUAAGGUGACUUUAAAAUAAAUUUGUAGCACGGUGCAUAUAUUUUUAGCCAAAUGUAAGCAUUCUAUACACACAAGCAAAAUUUGCUGUGCUUUAUAGAAUCCUUAUCAACAUGAUAAGUAAUAAAAGCCUUUGUAAAAUAUAUGUCUGUUCAAGCAUCUUGAAUUCAUUUACAGAACUUGUGUUUUGUUUUUUUUAAUGAAAACUGGUCCAAUUUUAAUUCUUUUUUUUUUUUUUUGUUUUUUUUUUUUUUUUUUUUUUUUUUUUUUUUUUUUUUUUUUUUUUUUUUUUUUUUUUGCAGUAUUAGUUGAUGAUAUGGAAGCUCAGCAAGAGUAUGAUGCUUUUUUUGAAGAAGUUUUCACUGAGCUUGAAGACAAGGUGGGCAUCCCAAUUUCUCUUAUAGCCCCAUUUUUGUAAAAACUUUGUCAUAUUUGUGUUAUAAUGUUAUUCACAAUAUUACAAAUUUCUUCUUUAACAUGCUGCAAAAAAUAUUGAAAGACGUUAGAUGAUGUUAAAACUUACAAAUUUUGAAAAUAAAUUUGUUUUUACAUAAUGUUAGUGAUAGUUGAAUUAAAAUAGAUUAAAGAUUUUUUAAAGGAAAAGUUGCAAGAGUAUCAGAAUUUAAAAAUUGUAAAUAAACCCUUGAUCAGCACAAUGAUCAAUGGAAAAUAAUUUCACCAUAAUGAAAUUCUGGUGUGUUUUAAUCAAUGUAGUUUGAUUUUUUUUUUAAAUUUAAAACAUUAGGGUCAGUCCUGAUAUCUAACCUUGAUAACAUCAAAACUUCUCCCAUAAAUAAAAUACUUUAUUCUCGUGGUCCCCCAAUAUCUAUUUUAAAAUGAGUAGGCUUCCAUGUAAGCAGUACUGUGAACAGGGAUGCCUCUUAGGCUGACUUUCAAGUUCUGAUGAAGGCAGUUUACCACAUCAACCGAAGCAAACUAUUCAUGCAUUAUAGGUACUGGACAUCUGGACCCAUUUUUUUGAAGCCUACAUUUUAUAUCUUUCAAAAUAUAAUGUUGGCUUCUCAGCUAAGAUUACCUAUAUUUUCAUCUCUAUGUCUCAUCACUGCUUAUUUUGCAUCAACUGUUCAGGAUCUGUAUUUUAUUAUUUGAAUGUCGUACUAUACAAUGCUGAUUUACACAGCCAUCUUGAUCCAAACAUUGAACAAACGUUUUGAAUAUGAAGUUUUCAACUUGAAUGUUUUAAGCUGCCUGUUGUUACAAAAAAAUUGCUAUACAUUAUGGUACGUCUGUGACUAAAAGAAUAUAUCAAGACAGAAAGGUCAGCAUGCCAUCUUUGUUUUUCGAUUGAAUUUGUUAGGUUUAAGCUUCCGUGAAUUGUGAUCACUUGAUUAGAAGGUUUUUACAGUCAGUAGAUUUUUCUUAUUAUUAAUUAUAAAUCAAAAGUUUUCGAGAUAAUUUUCUUAAGGCCAUUUACAGAGUUCGGUUUAAAACAAUAACUAUGGCAAACCUGAACUCUUCAUUUAUUCAUUCCCCACAUGUAAGGUUUGUGAAUUUGGAUGCCCAGUCUUGCUUUAGAAUAGAUCCUGUAUAAGAAUGAAUGUCACAAAUAAGUUUUAUUGUUGUUAGUCAGGAAUUUAGGUAUGGAUUCUCUGCUAGAAGAAUCUGCUUUAAUGUAUCAUUUUGUUGAGAAUCUCUACUAUAAUAUGUUCUAAUCUAAUAUUGACUGCAACUUAAAAAAAUGCGACUACAUCCUGAAAAUACUAAAUGGAAAGCCUGCCAAACAUGUGCAAAAUCUUCCCAUUUUUAUCCUGACAUCAAGAGCGUGCAUUGUUAUUCACUUUAUUAAGUCGAGUUUGACAACAAACUUUACUUUUAACUCGAGCUAAACUAAAUUGUUCAAAACAAAAUCACAUAAAUGUUGUGACAGUAACACAUAAAAAAUAAAUCAGUUGCUACCUUUGAUGAUAUUUGACUAUUGAUGAAUUUGUAAAAAACUGGAAAACUUUUUACAAAUAAUUCAAUUUUACAACAAACAAACAAAAAAAACAAGUUACUGACUAGUGGUUUAAAAAAGUAAAUAUCAACUUUUACUAAAUAAAACUCAGAAAGUUUAUCCAAUAAUUAUACUAGUUCUAGUUAUCUCCCAAUUAGUUUUGAAUGGUAUAGAAGACUUUAAUUUUAAUUUGCUUCACUUAUAAUUAAAAUAUUUCUUUAUAAAAAUUAAUAAUAAGUGUUGGCCAAGAUUCUAAUAUUAUAGUUUUAAUUUUUUAAACAUAAUUUAAUUGGUUUUAAAUUAUUUAUUUAUUUAUUUUCCUGAUAGUAUGGAGAGAUUGAAGAAAUGAAUGUCUGUGACAACUUGGGGGAUCAUCUAGUAGGGAAUGUGUAUGUUAAGUUUCGGCGGGAGCAAGAUGCUGAGAAGGCUGUUGCCGAACUCAACAACCGCUGGUUUAAUGGAAGACCAAUUAAUUGCGAAUUGUCACCUGUUACUGAUUUUAGAGAAGCUUGCUGUAGGCAAUAUGAAAUGGGGUAUGUGUUUGUCAGUUUUGGAUUGUAAACAAGACAGAAGCGAACUAUUUCUUCAUAUUUAUAAUUCUAAAUGAUGUCUGCUACAUAUGAAUUUAUAAAAUCAUCAGUAUAGUGAUGCAAUAGAAUAUAGUUGUCUCAUUAUCGUUUCAUACUCUAUAAUAGUUUUGGUUUACAAAGUUUUAAAAAGCUUUUGGGAAUUUAGAUACCUAAUUCAGCUUAAGUGAAUGUAAACCUGAAAUUUAUUAGUAUAAUAUUAUUGAAAUGUUAUUUUAAUUUGUUCUCAAAAUAUUUAUUUUUGAAAAGUUAAUUGAUUGCUCUUCUUUAACAAACAUAACAAUUAAAGAAGGUAGAAAGUGGUUGUUGCUCCUAAUAUGUAGAAUAUGAUUAAACUCUGUGUUUUUUUUUUGUUCUCCAUUUUUUAGGGAAUGCACUCGUGGUGGUUUCUGUAAUUUUAUGCACCUAAAGCCCAUAUCGCGAGAACUGAGAAGGGAACUAUAUGGACGAGGACGUAAAAGAAGUAGCAAGAGGUUAGUUUGAUCUUGUAAUUUCAUUAUUACAAAGGUAGCCCACAAAGUGUCCAGUGCUUUUGUUCUGUAAUGUUUUGUUUUGUCCAUUUGAGUGAUUUUGAUAGGUAUCAAUAAAAUUGCAAAACCAAACUGGAAAAAGGAGCGUAUGGUAUGAAUUAGGACAUUUGUGAACUAUUAUAAGAUGAACAUGGUGUUGACCUUUAAACAGUAAGUACAAUUAUUUCAAUGUCUUCAACUCACAGCCAUACUGAAUAUUGUGUCCUUUUUAUCAUGUAUAUGUUUUGCUGACAAAACAAUUUUUUUUUACUUAUUUAGGCUUUAGAAAAAGCAGUUCAUUGCUUACCUUAAACAUCUUAUCUUCUCCCUGUCAGUACUUAAACUGGUGCUAGAAUUCUGUUAUUUUCUGCUACGUUCACUAUGUUAAUUUCAGUACUAUUAUGUGUUCAAUGUCAGAAUAAAGCCACAUCUUUUGCAUUACUUUAUUGCGCACCUCUUUGGCCUUUUAUCAGCUCAAGACAGCAUUGGUUUUGGUGAUGUGUGUGCCCAGUUCUGUAAGAGAAGAGACAUAAAAAGGGCAAGGAAUAAUGUGCAUUUUCACUCACUGUCCGGUUGGGAAAAGAAUAGUCUGUUUUAUUACCACCCUAUUCCGCCAUGAAAUAGUGGUACAUAAAGUCAAAUCUGUAUCUGAACAUUAUUUUUUACUGAAACUGUGUUUUAAUGCCAUGGUGUUACAGCAAAUCAUCUAUGCAUAUGCUCAAGUCACCCCACGUGAACCAGCCUUUAAACAAAAUUUUAUAGUGGCCCAAGCAGGACCGUACUAUUUGUUACAUUUUUUUUCUCUCUGUCAAGAAGGGGAAUCAGUCUCUAAACAACUUGCUGUCAUAAUGGCAACAAAAUCAUCUUCUAAUCACUUUCAAAGUGUAAAAUGUCAAAUGAAUUUGGCCUUUAUUUUGAUGGUCGGCAUCUGAGUACUAACAUUUUCAUAGGAUUUCAAUGCAAUUCAAAAUAUAGAUGAUAAAGAUACUUAAAUCUUUUGCUUUUUUAUUAUUUCUAUUUGAAGGAAGUAAAAAUAUUUUAGGGAACAUUUCCCCAUCAAAUGUAAUAGUUGUGAUUUGCAAUUAAAAAUGUUAAUUACUGUAAUGGUUGUUUGGAAAUUUAGUGGGUUUAAAAUUAGUUUGAAAAUAUGUCAAGUUGGUGGUCUCUGACCCUUAUCAAGUAGUACCUUUGUAACAAAAAUAUCAUUAGAAAGAAAAUACCCUAAUGUGUUAAAAGCCUUGGGUACUAACUAUUAUUGAUAGACAAACCUCUGGAGUGCUUGAUUUUUUAAAAAAUAUUCAAUGUAAAUGUAACCUAAAUCUUUUUCUCAGGUCAAGAUCAAGGUCUCCUCCUACCAGUAGCAGUCGUCGCAGAACCCGAUCACGGAGCCGGGACCGUCGUGAUAAAAGGAGAUCGCGAUCAAGGGACAGGCAUGGACGAUUUUGAAUGAACAGAAAUAAUAGAACUCAUACUUUCUUCUUAAUAGCUAGCUAAAUUUAUUUUUCAACUCAUUUAUCUGCAUCUUUGGAGCAUCAUUUUAUCUUAUGAUUGCACAUUUAAGAAGUAUAAAAAAUGAGUUAGAAAUUCAUUUGUAAAACCAUUUAUCAUGCAUUAAGGCACAAUUUUAAGAACAUUUUUUUACAAAAAUAUUUUUCAUUAUCAUAUGUCAUGAUUAUUAAACAAGCAAUUAUUUGUUUAUUUUGUUUUUAAUUUUGCAAUUUCAUACCUGAACGCUUGAACAGUUGUUAUAUUUGAUUACUAUUUGUAUUGUUAGAGUUUUUUUGUUUUGUUUACAUUGCUAGGAUGGUACCCGUUAAACAUUAAGUUAAUGAAACUAUUUAUUUUAUAAAGUAAAAAACCAGAAUAAAUGUUUUUUUUUAGUUUAAAUUUAAAAAGCAACCACUUUUUAUCCAUAUUGUAAUAAUUGUUAUGUUAAAAUUUUGCUCUCCACAAGGGUACCUUUAUUAUUUAAUUUAAUGAUUUUUUAUUUAAAUAAAUAUUUUUUUUUUUUGUGAAAUAAAAUUCAGAAUUUUAUUUUCUGGUUGUCAAUUUUGCUUUCUUUGUACCGUAUUUCAAAUUGAUAGUAUAUUUUGGCUAAUAUCUUGGUAGUACGUUAAGAAUUUCUCCAUUGUGGCAGCACAGAUCGUUUCUUGAGAAAAUGUUAAGUUCCUGUAUCAUAGCUUUUUCAGAUCAAAGUUAAAUUUAAAUGUCACUUUCAUUCAGAUUUGAUGAUUUGAAAAGAAAAUGC